AUGCAUUUCGCCUACCCCCCGCGGAAAAGCUCGAACCCCGCGCCCUUCCGCCCGCGGUCCUCAAAAUUGCCGUCGGUGCGACGGAGUCGCAUACGAGCCGUAGCGAUUGUGGCGCUUGUUGUCGUGAGCACAUUAUGGAUCAUCUCCAAGCUGUUUGGCUCGCGUAGCACAGUGGCCUGGGAGCCGUCAGGGAGUCCGCCGGUGGUGCUGGUGACGGUGCUGGACGAGUCGACGUACGGCAAGGCGUACGUGCAGAGCAUUCGGGAGAAUAGGGAGCGAUACGCCGCGUUUCACGGUUACGAAACCCUGAUCGCGAAUGUGGGCGACUACCCCCUCGACGAGGAUUCACCUUCCUCGUGGUCCAAGAUUCUCGCAGUCCGUCACGCCAUGACCAAGUUUCCCGAGUGUCGCUAUGUCUGGUAUCUCGAGCAAGAUGGCUACAUUAUGGAUCCGAGCAAGACGCUUGAGGAGCGCAUCAUGAACGGCGCAACGCUCGACGCAUUCAUGAUCAAGAACGAACCCGUCGUUCCGCCCGACAGCAUCAUUAAGACAAGUACUCGACUGCGAGGCAAGGAUGUCGACUUUGUGGUGACGCAGGACCGUGAGGGCCUAUCGGCGGGCAGUUGGGUUGUGCGGAAUGGGGUUUGGGCACGGUUCUUCCUCGAGACCUGGUUCGACCCGAUGUACCAGACAUACAAUUUCCAAAAGGCCGAGGGUCACGCGCUGGAACACCUCGUUCAGUGGCACGGCACGAUCCUCGCGAAGCUGGCUUUGGUGCCGCAGAAGACCAUCAAUGCCUACAAUCGCUAUGAUAAGGCGCAGGAGCUCUACAGGCCAGGCGACUAUGUCGUUCGAGCGACGGGUUGCACGCCGACGGGCGAGAGAAGCUGUGAGAACGAGCUCGCUAGCUUCAAGACACAAUGGGAAGAGGCAUUCGCGGCUUAUAAAUGA